AACUGUGAUGUUUUAAAAAAAAAUUUAAGGAUCAAUAUAUUUAAGUUGACACCUUACUGUUUAAGAAGAGUAGUUAAAAUGUUAUCUAAAAAAAUAAUGUACUUAGAUACUUUUCUCAAGGUGUACAAAUGGGAUGCUGUUGCUGGUAGUUCGCUUUUGACGGCUACUCCAGCUGCUCCAGUCGCAUUUCGCGUGUGAAAGCGCCCGCAAGUAGGUUACACAUUUUUCCCAGCUGCGUAAGUUGGCGGAGAAAAACAAACAAGCCCUCUCGAUACCGUCCAGUUUAUUCGAUCCAAUCUGCCACAAGACUAAAAAGCCUUGCUCAUCAACUGUAGGAAUAGUGCCGCCCAUAGCUGUGCCACUAUGGAAUACAAAAUGAUCGGAUUGGAGCACUGCGACCAAGUGCUGGAGCACCUGCGUCGCAACUUCUUCGCCGACGAGCCGCUAAACAAGGCGGCCGGUCUGUGUCAGAAUGGAAGCAGUUGCGAAGCUCUCGAGGAUCACUGUGUGGAGGCCAUAAAAGAUCGCAUGAGUCUGAUGGCAGUAGACGCAAAGGAGGAGGGCAAUUGCAAAAUAGCCGGCGUGGUACUUAAUGGGAUCUUGCGACCGAAGGACAUGGCCAAGGCGUUGGGAAAACUGGACUCCAGUUAUGAUGAGGGUUUCCGAAAAAUCUUCGACUUGCUUUACAGGCACAAUCUGAAAAAUGAUCUCUUCGAGGCGUUUGAUGUAGACCGCAUGUUCGAUGUCCGCAUCCUAUCGGUGGAUUCCUGUUAUCGUGGCCAAGGCAUUGCCAAUGAGCUUGUAAAGCAAUCCGUAGCGGUAGCCAAAAAGAAUUGCUUCCGCCUGAUGAAAGCCGAUGCCACAGGUAUCUUCUCCCAGAAGAUAUUUCGCUCCCAUGGUUUUGAGGUCUUCUCGGAGCAGCAUUAUGCCAAGCACACGGAUGAAAAUGGCAAGAUGAUCCUUCCCGUUGAGUCGCCGCACAUCAAGAUGCAGCUACUUUACAAACGAAUUUGUAACGACAACCAGGAGAACAAGGAGCAGCCCCAUUAAGUAGACGGCUGGUUGACUCUGUUUGAAACAAUAAUUUGUACUAUUUUUUACAUACAAACAAAACAUUUAUUAAUGCAUCAAUGUAUUGGAAUGUACUCUAGGGUAGGUCGAUUUAAAUGGAAUGCAAAUGUAUACGGAAAGUAACCUCUGGACAAUUUCAACGAAUAAUCUCUUAAGCUAUAUCUACAAAUAUUUGGUUUCUAAACAUAUUCAGUUCAAAAUUUAAAUGACAUUCUUAAAAAAGAACAUUUUAAACAUUUAAUUUGGCCAUUAAAAGGAAUGCAUUCAAUACCAACCAAAUAAGCAUUUUAUGCUUUCUAAAUGCAAAUAAAUUAUAAAUUGUAUACCUUGAA